GCUUGAGUUGAGUCAUUAGUUGUUGUAGAUAAAGACUCCCACGUGUAAACUUCAUCCUUCCCCUUCUCACAAAACCAAUCGUCCACACUUCCGUGUUCUGUUCCACUUUAUCUUACCCCAUACCUUCCUUCCUUCUCUACUUAAAACACACCCACCCCACAAAACAAUAAUCAAAACCCGAAUUAAAAACAAAAGAAAAAUAGAAAAAAGAAAAAUGGGAACGGAAGCUACCGUCGCCGCCGUCGUCGCCGGAGAUGAAUCCGAUCACCCCACCUCCGCCUUCAAGCUUGUAGGCUUCAAAAACUUCAUCCGUACCAACCCCAUGUCGGACAAAUUCACCGUCAAAAACUUCCACCACAUCGAGUUCUGGUGCUCCGACGCCACCAACACCGCCCGCCGCUUCUCCUGGGGCCUCGGCAUGCCCAUCAUCUUCAAAUCCGAUCUCUCCACCGGCAACUCCACCCACGCCUCCUAUCUCCUCCGCUCCGGCCACCUCAACUUCCUCUUCACCGCCCCUUAUUCCCCCUCCAUCUCCCCCACCACCACCACCGCUUCCAUCCCCACCUUCUCCCACUCCGCCUCCCGCCACUUCACCGCUACCCACGGUCUCGCCGUCCGCGCCAUCGCCGUUGAAGUCGAAGACGCCGAAACCGCCUUCGCCGUUAGCGUCGCUAACGGCGCCAAACCCUCGUCUCCCCCAGUCACCCUCGGUCACAACGACGUCGUGUUGUCAGAAGUUAAAUUAUACGGCGACGUCGUUUUGCGUUAUGUUAGUUACAAAAAUAAUACUAAUAACAAUAAUAACAAUGAUAAUGAUAAUUAUAUAUUUUUGCCUGGAUUUGAAGCUAUGGACAAAACGUCGUCGUUUCAGGAGCUAGACUACGGCAUCCGCCGGCUCGAUCACGCGGUGGGGAACGUGCCGGAGCUAGCUCCAGCGGUGGACUAUGUGAAAUCUUUCACCGGGUUUCACGAGUUCGCUGAGUUCACUGCUGAGGACGUUGGAACGAGUGAAAGCGGGCUCAACUCGGUGGUUUUAGCGUGUAACAGUGAGAUGGUUUUGAUACCGAUGAACGAGCCAGUGUACGGGACGAAGAGGAAGAGUCAGAUACAGACGUAUUUGGAGCAUAAUGAAGGGGCUGGGGUGCAGCAUUUGGCGUUGGCUAGUGAGGAUAUAUUUAGGACUUUGAGAGAGAUGAGGAAACGGAGUGGGGUUGGGGGGUUUGAGUUUAUGCCGUCUCCGCCACCUACUUAUUAUAGGAAUUUGAAGAGUCGAGCGGGCGAUGUGUUGUCGGAUGAGCAGAUUAAGGAGUGUGAAGAGUUGGGGAUAUUGGUGGAUAGAGAUGAUCAGGGGACUUUGCUUCAGAUUUUUACUAAGCCUGUGGGUGAUAGGCCGACGAUAUUCAUAGAGAUAAUACAAAGAGUAGGGUGCAUGGUAAAGGAUGAUGAAGGAAAGGUGCAGCAGAAGGCAGGGUGUGGAGGGUUUGGCAAAGGGAACUUCUCGGAGCUUUUUAAAUCUAUUGAGGAAUAUGAGAAGACACUUGAAGCAAGAAGCACCACUGCUGCUGCAUAAAUGAGAUCUUAAAAAUUAAAAUCUUAUGAUUAUGUAUGUAUCUGUGGAUUCUAUACAAAACAGAUCCUGAAAAUAUAUGGUAUCAACUUCAUAAUAAGAUAUGUAACGCGUUAUGUAUCUCAUGAUCGAUCAUCAAUGUAUUUGUCUAUUUUUAUGUUGC